CAAGCAGAACCACAAACAGAGACAGUCCCACAGAAUUGACAGCAGUUAUUACACUCAUGGCCAAGGCACAGUCCAUGGCGGCGCUGCUCGCCGUGGUGCUGGUCCUGGGCGCGUCGGCGGACGUAGCGCACGGCAUAUGCAACGUCUCGAGCGGCGGCAUCCGUGCGUGCCAGCCGGCGGCGGCCGUCCGCAACCCGACGGACGCGCCGUCCGCCGGCUGCUGCGCGGCGCUGGCCGGGGCCGACCUGUCGUGCCUUUGCCGGUACAAGAACGUCGGCGCCAUGUGGGCGAGGCUCUACAAGAUCGACGUGAAGCGCGCCAUGGCGUUGCCGCGCAAGUGCGGCCUCCCCAUGCCCGCCAACUGCUGAUGGGUUGCGUCACGAAAUGUGUAAUGGUCUAAUGGACUCCAAUACCUACAUACAAUAAAUGAAGCACACAAAAGACCGUUUCGUGCUUCCCUUGGUGUGUGCUCUGGAGUACUGUACUACUUCAUAUGUGUUGCAGGGAUAUGAAUCACGGUUGUGCAUGGAAAAAAUUAAUCAAUGCAGAAGUAAGUGCUGGAAAUUAUUCCCUCAAAAAAUGUGCUGGGAUAUUAGCUGGA